CACACGCAGCUCUCUGCCCGGCGAUCAGACUGAGAGCGCCGGUUGUUCAGUGUUGUCUCGACAUCAUCUUUAAAAAGCAGGGCUGGCCUGGACACCUUUCUCGAUCGGUCGUUUAUUUUGCGCCGUUAUUUCGGAGAUGAGCGCCGCUCUGGGCGGUGAAUCCCAUGGACUCACUUUCUCUGGUUUGACUCAGAAAGCGCAGCCACUCUGCUCCCAUGUAAAACUGAAGCAGGUAUAACGAAGGAGAACGGGUUGUUUAAGGAUUCUUUUUCUGAAGUAAAUAAACACAGCCGAGAUUUUCACAGCCCAGGAACUAUAUUGUAAGGAGGAUUAAACUUCCACUUGGAGGCAAACGUAGCCCAAAAGUAGCCAAACACACAGAGAGGAAAGGAGACGGCCAGCUCAGCCAUGGAGGUCGCAGCGGCUGAUCAGUCUCGGUGGAUGGCGCACCAUCACGCAGUGCUGAACGGCCAGCACCCGGACUCUCACCACCACAGUCUGAGCCACAACUACAUGGAGCCCAUGGCGCCUUUACUGCCCCAGGAUGAAGUUGACAUGUUUCUGAACCACUUGGACUCUCAAGGGAACCCCUACUACACCAACUCCCGGGCAAGGGUCACAUACAGCCAAGCACACGCUCGCCUCGCUGGGAACCAGGUUUGCCGACCACACCUCAUCCACAGCCCCGGCAUUCCCUGGUUGGACCCCGGGAAAGCAGCCCUGUCCGCUGCCCACCACCAUAACGCAUGGGCGGUCAGCCACUUCAGCAAACCCGGCCUGCACCCCAGCGGCUCCGGCUACCCUUGCAGCAGCAGCACCGGCACUGCUCCGGUUUCGUCGCUCACUCCCGCGUCCCACUCCAGCCCGCACCUCUACAGUUUCCCCCCCACCCCCCCGAAAGACGUGUCUCCAGACCCCGGCCCUACCUCUCCGACCUCUACCUCGACCAGGAUGGACGAGAAGGAGUCGAUCAAGUACCAGGUGCAGCUGACGGACGGCAUGAAAAUGGAGAGCUGUAGUCCCCUCCGCAGCGGCCUGGCCUCGAUGAACAGUCAGGCAGCCACGCAUCACCCCAUCCCGACCUAUCCGGCCUAUCCUCUGCAUACACCCCACGAGUACAGCGGCAGUCUCUUCCACCCUGGCAGCCUGCUCGGCGGGUCCUCCUCCAGCUUUACGCCCAAAUGCAAAAGCAAAGCCAGGUCGAGCUCAGAACUAUAUGCAGAGGGCCGUGAAUGUGUAAAUUGUGGCGCCACCUCCACCCCUCUGUGGCGACGGGAUGGUACCGGCCACUACCUGUGCAACGCCUGUGGCCUGUACCACAAGAUGAACGGCCAGAACCGACCACUCAUCAAGCCCAAGCGUAGACUGUCCGCUGCUAGACGUGCAGGCACCUGCUGUGCAAACUGCCAGACCACCACCACCACCCUGUGGAGGCGCAACGGGAACGGAGACCCGGUGUGUAACGCCUGCGGCCUUUACUUUAAACUGCACAAUGUCAACAGACCCCUGACCAUGAAGAAAGAAGGCAUCCAGACGCGCAACCGCAAGAUGUCCAGCAAGUCCAAGAGGAACAAACGAGCAGGGGACGGCUUCGAUGAGCUAUCCAAGUGCAUGCAGGACAAGGCCUCUCCCUUUGGCAGUGCACACGGCCUCACCAGCCACAUGACCCACAUGGGUCACCUGCCCCCCUUCAGCCACUCUGGACACAUGCUGCCUACUCCCACGCCCAUUCACCCUUCAUUCGGUCACCCCCACCACUCCAAUCGCUCGCCAGUCUGGGCUGAACCUCACUGAGGCCCCCCACACCCACCAACCCAGAACUCCUCUGCCUGUAGGAGCCGCCACAUUGCCAUUAACACUAAAUGGCCUCCACAUCACGUCGUAAGCUGAGCAGACUUUUUGCGUCAUGUACAGUGGUUGGAGGGGAGAGACUUUCAGUUGGACUUAUUGACUGAAGGUCACGUCAUGCCUGACCUCACCGAUGGGACGCUGCAGAGCAGGACUUUAGCAGACUUUGUGAAGAGCUAAUGUGACGAGGGGUUUGUUAGUCCCUGGCUGAGGCUUGCAGGAACGGAGUGAAUGGAGACGCUUGUCAUUCUUUUUGCUUAUUUUUACUAAGUCACUUUGGUACCCACCUCUCCUUGACCCUGUAACAGGAGACUCUCGAGAGGUCUGCUAUGAGAACCGCUGUUUUCCCCUCAAGGCCAUCUCAUUAUAUACUGAGAUACGUGCACCCCGUCCAUCCCCAGGCUGUCGUCCACGUUUGCUGUGGACAGACAGACAAACUCUUCAGUGUUGGAAGUCUUAAGACUGGCCGACAGCUACAGCACCCGUCAGAUGCAGAUUACCCACAAACCUGUGCUGUCCUCACAUGCUGGAUUGUACACCACCACAGCGUUCACCUGUUUUUAAUAAUGGACUUUUAUGGAAAAAAGACACAGUAAAUAGAGUGUUUAUAAAUGCUUAAUUGCUAUUAUUGCUGGUAUAUUUGAUGUUAUAAUUAUUGCUACGAUAAUUUAUUUUCACUCUAAGCUUUCGUCAAAGACACAUGGAAACUGUUAUGAUUUUAAUUUCAUGGUUAUUAUGUUAAGAAAAACACUGACCUAUCUUAGAUAAAAAAAAAAGUCCCUGAGCUGUACGUUUUUAUCAUUUUUCCAUCUC